AUUAAUUAAUUGGAAUCGAAAGAAUCAACGGUGCAGUCAAAAUCAUGAGUCGAAAACCGGGGAUGUUUUUAUCCUUGUCCACAAUGAGUUUCACCAUAUGGGCUGCGGUCAUAUUAUUGAUGAUGAUUUCUCAAGCUGAGGCUUACGACCCAUUGGAUCCAUUUGGGAACAUAACAAUCAAAUGGGAUGUAGUAUCUUGGACACCAGAUGGAUAUGUGGCUCUUGUUACAAUGAACAACUUUCAAAUGUAUCGGCAUAUCAUGAGCCCCGGUUGGACCCUAUCGUGGGGUUGGGCUAAGAAGGAAGUGAUUUGGUCAAUGGUAGGGGCACAAACCACAGAGCAAGGAGAUUGCUCCAAAUUCAAAGGAAACGUUCCACAUUGUUGCAAGAAAAAUCCGACGGUGGUUGAUCUGCUUCCCGGUGUACCGUACAAUCAGCAGAUUGCCAACUGCUGCAAAGGUGGGGUCGUGGCCUCUUGGGGCCAAGACCCCUCCUCUGCAGUUUCCUCAUUCCAAGUCAGCGUUGGUCUUGCUGGAACUACCAACAAAACGGUCAAACUGCCGACCAAUUUCACCCUACUUGGUCCCGGGCCGGGAUACACUUGCGGUCCUGCAAAGAUUGUGCCUUCCACUGUGUACCUCACUCCCGAUCGGAGACGGAAAACACAAGCUUUAAUGACGUGGAAUGUGACAUGUACGUACUCUCAAGUCCUGGUAUCGAAGAAUCCAAGGUGCUGCGUUUCCUUCUCAUCUUUCUACAAUGAUUCUAUCACCCCUUGCCCAACUUGCUCUUGCGGCUGCCAGAACAAGAAAGAUUGCAUCAUGAGCGACUCAAACAAGCUGAAAAACGUGGGGAUAAACACCCCACGAAAGGACAACGCACCACUCUUGCAAUGCACUCAUCAUAUGUGUCCCAUACGUGUUCAUUGGCAUGUGAAGAUCAACUACAGAGAGUAUUGGCGCGUGAAAGUUGCGGUCACUAAUUUCAACUACAGAAUGAACUACACCCAGUGGACCCUCGUCGCCCAACACCCUAAUCUCAACAAUGUCACACAAGUUUUCAGCUUCGAUUACAAGCCUCUUGUCCCGUACCAAUCCAUAAAUGAUACUGCAAUGUUCUAUGGAAUGAAGUUUUACAAUGACCUACUAAUGGAAGCUGGACCAUAUGGAAAUGUACAGACAGAAAUACUGUUGAAAAAAGAUAAGGAUAUAUUUACACUGAAACAGGGUUGGGCUUUCCCUAGGAAAAUUUACUUCAAUGGUGACGAAUGUCAGCUUCCUCCCCCCGAUGCUUACCCUAUUUUACCAAAUUCUGCCCACAAAAAUCUGAUUUUCUCAUUUUCAAUACUUGAAGGUCUUAUGUUUUUGCUAUUUCUAGUAGUUGUGUGAUUGCCAUUGUUUCACAUUUAUAAAUUGGUUUCUUCAUAUUUUUUUUGUUGAAAUUUUGCUAGCAAAAAACGGACUUAACCUCUAUGAUGUUUUGGUAGAAAUAAAAUAUAUCAUCCUACUCUACUCGUGAGUUUUAAUGUACGUGAGAUGCUUUGGUAUUAUUCAAAUUUUAGAUUCGAUAUAUUUGAUUGGCGGGAAGCCACGAGACUGAGAAAUAUUAUAAUCGAUAAAAAAUGUGAAUUCAAUUUUUGGCAUUUGAAUACAUAUUUGGUUGCUACCA